CCCCUGGCGGCGGGGCGCGGCGCAGCGCAGGCGGUGUCAUGGCGGAGCUCGGCGCCCACCUCACGGCCGCCUCGGCCGGCGACGACCGACCCUCUAUCUUCGAGGCGGUGGCGCAGGACAGCCUGAUGGCCGCCGUGAAACCCGCGCUGCAGCACCUGGUCAAGGUGCUUGCUGAGUCUAAUCCUGGCCGAUAUGGCUUUCUCUGGCACUGGUUUGAUGAGAUCUACGUCCUCCUGGAUUUGCUGCUCCAGCAGCACUAUCUGUCAAGGUGCAGUGCUUCCUUUUCUGAAAACUUCUAUAGCUUAAAGAGGAUACCGAUAGGAGACUGCAAACAGCAACCUCUGGCCACUGCUGGCCUGCCAAAGAGGCAGCACUGGAAGUCUCUCCUCUUGCUGGUUCUUGUCCCUUAUCUGAAAGGAAAGCUGGAGAAACUGGUGUCCAGCCUGAGGGAAGAGGAUGAGUACUCCAUCCACCCUCCAUCUUCAUCCUGGAAGCGCUUUUACAGAGCCUUUCUAGCUGCCUACCCCUUUGUAAACAUGACCUGGGAGGGCUGGUUUCUUGUCCAGCAACUGUGCUAUAUCCUCGGGAAAGCUCAGCAUCAUUCACCCAUGCUGCGGCUGGCUGGUGUUCGCCUGGUCAGACUGACUGCAGAGGAUAUCCAGGCCCUGGAGAAGAAAUUGGCUGGAGCCACCUCAAGUCAGACACCCAGCAUUAAAACACAAGUGCAGUCAGCAGUGAGGAAAGCGUUGGGUGGCAUCGCCUUCUCCCUGUCCUCUGGGCUGUCUGUCAGCGUGUUCUUCCUCCAGUUCCUGGACUGGUGGUACUCCUCAGAGAACCAAGAGGCCAUCAAAUCUCUGACAGCGCUCCCGACUCCUCCACCCCCUGUGCACCUCGACCACGGGGCCAGCUCAGCUCUCUUACCUAAACUGAAGACCGUGUGCCCUCUGUGCCGCAAAAUCCGCGUCAAUGCCACGGCCCUGUCCACAUCUGGCUUUGUGUUUUGCUACCGCUGCGCCUACAGUUAUGUGAAGACUCACCAGCGCUGCCCGAUCACAGGCUACGCCACAGAGCUGCAGCACCUUGUCAAACUGUACUCUCCCGAGAGCUGAAAAGCCUGCCCUGUGAUUCCAGAUUCACCUCCGAGGCUAGCGGCUGGGCAGCAGUGAGCCUGAACUCGCCCUUUCUUAUGUCCCAUAGAAGGUUUUCAACCACUACAGCUCAGCAGUGAGCUCUAAAGCUCCUCUGAAGUUGGUAGCACAUCAGAAUUUUGCUGCCUUGGCGAAUUCUGGUAAGGCUGUCCCCUUUGUAUAUUAGCUGUUCAAACACCCUGUGACAGUUUUAGAGGGAUUGGACAGCCACAAUCUGUCAGCUGGCACAGAAAUGCUUUCAAAGACCAACCAAAAGGGAGGAAAUAUUGAUUUCAAUAAAAACACAGAUGUGAGGAUCAAAGAGCAUCACUGGUAAAAGUCCUGCUCAAGGGCAUGAGCCAGCAAAUUAAAAAGGAAGAAGUUCUCUGGGCAAGUUAUUCUUCCCUGAGCAGCUUUCCAGGUUUUCAUGCUGCCCAGGGUGAGCUUUGGCACUGGUGCUUCUCAAAGAGGUAGAGACAGGCUUAAACCUCUCCUUUGGUCAUGCUGUUCUUCAGUAUUGCUGCGUUUUCAGGCUAUUCACCAUUGAAUGGAGAACAUCACACUCCUAAUUCCCAUCAACAGUUCUAAAUUAACUUUUGACUCUUUAAAGGAACAAGAGGUGAUGUGUACAGACACAGAUGCAAGGGGGAGAUUACAUUUUCUGCAUGAGGGAGAAAAAAGACAAUCCAGAUUAAAGCAGCAACUGUGCCAACUGAUGAGAGUUGGUUUUUGUUAAGUCUUUGAAUUUGUUAUUAUCUGCUUUUAUAAAGCAAAAUUCUUUCUUGAUUGAGAACCUAACAUUUCUUCUCUGAGGGUUGGAAAAAAACAGAGUUUGCUCCUCUAGGGGCUCUAUUUACAUAUGGGAGACUAGACUAAAGCUGCUUUCAUCUUUGCAGAUGAUGAUAAUGAAUAUAAGAUAGUUAUUUUGUAGGCUGAAAAUCUUUAAUGUCUAUGUUUAAGUAUUACAUUGCAACUAUUUCAGUCCCAACCAGGUAGCACAUUCAUAUUGUAACAAAGCAUCCUUUCAUUGAACACAGAAGAAAAGAAAACAUGGCCGGUUCUUGCUCAACACCUGAUUUUUUCAGGAGAGGUUUUUUCUCCUGAUUCGGCUCUAGGGAGCAGCAGUUCCCUACUUCAGACAUCACAGUGACAUUGCUUAUAGACUAUGAAGAGGAAAGUUUGCAGCUCAACGUACACAGUCUAUCCAGAUUAAGAGAUCUGUUUGAACGUUUAAUCUACUGAAGCAGUCAUCUCAUUUUCCCCACACUUUAGGUCUGCUUCAGAAGAUAAAAAUCUCUAAUAUCCUCCCUCAGCUGGAAGCAAGAUAGCAAGGUUAUUGAAUGUGGGAAAAUACAGCCAUUUGCAUCCUCCCAAAGAUGCUCUGCAAAACACUUACUGUAACAGAUUUGUCUCCAAUGCUUGUCUUAACUCUCUCUAUACAACUUCUAGGCCCUUCUACCUGUGCCACUAUGGAAUAAUAAAAACUGUCUCAUUUCUCCAGUAGUUACAAGAUCCAUAAAGACACCUCUCUUCCUUUAGAAAGCCACCAAGAGCACACACAUCUUCCUAGAAAAGAAAUCACAUCAUUUUCUGAGCUUGCAAAUCACUUUUAGCAUAGCUGCCUUUGGGCUGGAUAUGAAUUCACAUCGCUUGGUACAUCAGUUUUGCUUCCUACACAGCAAUCUCAUCGCUGGGAAGAGCCGGCAUCUCAGAUGCCGCGCUGCUGCUGCGCGGCCUGACAGUGACCUGCCCCAUCAGUUGUGUCCAGUGCAACUGCUCCUUAAAAUAAGGGCUGAAGGAUUUGACUGACUACUCUGUUUCAGGGGAUUGGUUUAUUUUCCUUUUAUCCUUCCUAUACUUUCCAAAUCCCCUGUCUGCAGCCCAGGGAGAAGCUGGGCAGACCCAGGACAGGCAGCUGACUGAUGCUGACUCACAGCCAGCACUGCCAAACUCUCAGACAAGUUCUGCACCACCCUGCCCUCUAAUCUGUGAGGACUCACUAACUGCUGAGCAGCACAACCAAGUUGCCUGCCCAUAUGCUGCUCCAGGGCCUCCACACCACCUUCUCUUAGGGUUAGUCUCUCUUCCUCUCCCCCGAACACCACCAGCUGCCUGGCUGCCGCCCACUCCACAGCACUGCACCCUGUCCCUGCCAAACAGAUCUGGCCAACUGCUGCAGGUCCAGACCUGCACAGAACCACCCACUUCUAAACCUCACAGCUCUGAACAGCUGUAAUUACUCUUUUGAAUGUGAAAUUGCUCUUUAAUGCCCAGCUGACUAACGGGCAUUAAGCCCACAGUGGUGACAGGCUCUGCAGCUACCUGGCAGAUUUUAUUCCUGUACCUGCAGAUGGCUGUAGAAUAAAUACCAAUGUGGAUUCGACUGCUUCUUCUAACUCUCCUGCCCUCAGCAGCCAAACAAAUACCCAUUUAUUGAGUUUAUUACUCUAAAACAAAACUACAAACCCAAUUCAGGUUAUACAAAUAUUCCCAUUUAUCUGCUUUUUAACUGUAAAUAGUGUUAUUAAAGCCAUGAUGGUCUAGAGAUAGACAAGAGAUUUUUUUUCAGGGAAUACCAACUUUAUUAAACAAACCUUUGGACUUACAUACUAAUUUGUGACUUCUAUACAGUCAUGUAUCAUAUAUAUGCAUUCAGGAUGCUUUGUUUUGUUGUGUAAUACAAUUACAUCGACAUUAACAGCAGCACUGGAGUCGCCCAGUACACCACUGUCUGAACUUGAAUUUGCAAGUCUUUUUAAGAAAAUGUUCAGUGAACCUAAAUCACAUUCAGAACUCAUAAGGACACUCUUAAAAUGUCGGUGCAUUAGCAACUGAGUUGCUUUUCCUACUUCCUGAACAGAAACCACCUGGCUUCUUCUGUUAAGAGAAAAUCACUGUAACUAUACUCCUAGGUACAUACUCCCCAUAAAGGCUUCCUUCUCCACAGGAAGAGAGAAAUUAAACGUAAAGCUGUCACCAAGAC